CAGGACAACUUAAAGUAAAUUGCAGUUGAAAAAGAGAGAAACCGCUCUAUGCUGUGCUUACAAAACUGCAAUAAUAGGUUGUAGGAUACAGGAUAUCGUGUCCGGGAUCCGGGACCAGUUUGUCUCCACUUGCCAUCUUUUGGGGGUUUCGGGUUUCGUUGGCGCUGUACCAUCGCAAACUAACUAGCUUAAUCUUACGUGUAAUACACAGCUUCUUACCUCUCUGUUAAUUAAAGAGAUUGAUUAGACCAGUCAUUUAUUCAAAAUAACCGUGACCCUAAGGUCAAAUAAGAGUGGCACCAAUACUUUGGCUUAUCAUCAGCUGAUAUAAUGCUAUAGGGUCAAGUAUUUGCCGAUUAAUGCUGACACAGCACUUAUCGUAACGUUGCGAAAAUUGUUUUUUUUUGCAGUUACAGUUGACAAUCAAGUGAACUUUUGUUUUGCAAAUGUCGUAACACAUUCACACGUUACGGAUACGUAUCGAAAUUGUUUAGUUUUAAACAAGAUCGUGUGAGAACUACCUUUUUACUAAGUACAGGAUAUUUCCAUUCAAACUGCGCGGUGUAAAGUUUUUCUCAGGUUUUACUGCUCCACAGAAAUUAUAGUCUGAUCUACCUUCACUGUAUUGCACUAAAAUUUUUGCACAAGUUUGAGAUUUUCAUAAAUGUACGUGAUCAUUUUAAAAUCUCAAAAUUCAAACAGGCUCAAAUUAACUGGAAAAUUGUCUUAUCUACAUUUGGCGAUCAGAUUCGCAUAAUCGCAUAUCGUUAGCUGAAACUGCAUUUAUACGAAUUGCAUUGAUAUUAUGACAUCAUCUACUUUCUCGGUCCAAGUUGUCUGCACUGGAAGCAGGUGUCCCUAGUGGCCUUGCGCAAGAGUCGGCCGGAGGCACAGCGCGCCGAUCGUGAGCCGCGCGCCGAUACCAAGCGCAGUCGGCCUAGCGCAUUGGCGCGCGCGCAUACAUCCACGAGGAUUUAAACUGUAACUGUUCGGUCGAUCGUAAUAUUAAAUUAUUAGUUCGUUUACCCGUGUUAGUGAGCAUAGUGUUGUGUUGUCAAUUGUUUGUCAUAUGGUUAAGACUGUGGUCAUGUUGCAAGGGCACGUUCGGUGUCCCUCAGGAAUGAAAUGAAGGGGAGGAGCUCCAGGGCGCCCAGUCAGCUUCCAGUCGUGGUGGGGAAAGUACUCCUGCGCUGGCUCUUCACCAAAGCCGACCUCGUGUUCUUUGUUUACCGGUUUAUAUGGUAUGCGUGUCAUUUACACGUACGAUCAUCGAUGAAUAGCAGCGUGGAUUUCUUUGAAAGUCUUAUUGACGAGGACGGGCGCUUCGCCGAAUUAAACAAUUGUCAAGAACCGCGAGAGCGAGGGUACAGACCGCGUCCGAGACAACUAGCUCAAGCCGAAAAUAUCAACAAUGGUGGUGGAUUAUCGUUGUCACCACCGCACACGGUGUCGCAGCGUGAGACUGGCACGCAGGUGUCCCAGUGCUACAGCGGGCCGCCGUCCCCCUGUGGGUCGACAAGCGCGACUCCUUCCCCCACGACCUCCCCGGCCCCUCCGCCCGGCACUGCCACUUUAGACCCCAAUUGGCAAGCCACUAAACCCACAGUGCGGGAGAGAAAUGCUGCGAUGUUCAAUAACCAACUUAUGUCGGACAUCACAUUCAUAGUUGGAGGACCCGGCCAUACUCAAGUCAUUCCUGCCCACAAAUAUGUAUUAGCGACAGCAAGCUCUGUCUUCUAUGCUAUGUUUUAUGGUGGAUUAGCAGAAUGCAAGCUAGAGAUUGAAGUUCCUGAUGUUGAACCCUCUGCUUUUCUCACACUUUUAAAGUACAUUUACUGUGAUGAAAUACAGCUAGAGGCAGAUACAGUGCUAUCAACACUGUAUGUCGCCAAAAAAUACAUUGUCCCACAUUUGGCCAAAGCUUGUGUCAAUUAUUUGGAAACUAGUCUUACAGCUAAGAAUGCAUGUCUACUUCUCAGCCAGUCCCGUUUAUUUGAGGAACCAGAACUGAUGCAAAGGUGCUGGGAAGUGAUAGAUGCCCAGGCAGAGAUGGCCCUGACUUCAGAUGGCUUUGUUGACAUAGAUGUAUCAACAUUAGAAUCAGUAUUAGCAAGGGAAACACUUAAUUGCAAGGAAAUAAACUUGUUUGAGGCAGCUUUAGCUUGGGCACAUGCUGAAUGUCUGCGAAGAGAAAUUGAUCCCACUCCUACAAACAAAAGGGCCAUGCUUGGAGGUGCCAUAUACUUGAUAAGAUUUCCUACUAUGUCGUUAGAAGAAUUUGCAAACAGUGCAGCUCAGAUUGGCAUCUUAACCCCACAAGAGACUAUAGAUAUAUUUUUGCAUUUUACUGCAUCAAGCAAACCACUAUUAUCUUAUCCUAUAAAAUCAAGAGCAGGACUCAAAGCUCAGAUUUGCCACAGGUUCCAGUCCUGUGCCUACAGAAGUAAUCAAUGGCGGUAUCGCGGCAGAUGCGAUUCCAUACAGUUUUGUGUAGACAAGAGAAUUUUCGUCGUCGGUUUCGGUCUAUAUGGAUCGUCUAAUGGAGCAGCUGAUUAUAAUGUAAAGAUUGAGUUGAAACGCUUGGGCAGAGUGCUGGCAGAGAACAACACAAAGUUCUUCUCAGAUGGAUCAAGUAACACAUUCCAUGUGUACUUCGAAAAUCCCAUACAAAUUGAACCAGAGUGUUUUUACACUGCUUCAGCAAUACUAGAUGGGAGUGAACUAAGUUAUUUUGGACAAGAAGGUUUGAGUGAGGUGUACAUGGGAACAGUGACUUUCCAGUUCCAUUGUUCAUCUGAGAGUACUAAUGGCACUGGGGUACAAGGAGGCCAGAUACCAGAACUUAUUUAUUAUGGACCCACAGUCAACACUUCCAUGGCCAACACAACCACUAAUGAGGACUGACAAUCGACUAGAUCUCGACCCUUUAACUAUUAUUCCGUAUAAUAAACGGAUCACUUAGUUUUCUCAAUAUUUGGACAAAUCUCAA